AUGAGCUCCGAAGCAAGGUCGCCACAUACCCCGCGCGGUACCAACGAGCCAUCUCCGCGCGAUGCAUCCAGCCCCGGUCAGCCUGCCGGUAUGCAGGGCUGGUCAACGGCCAGCAACGGGAUCGUAAUGUUGCUCAUUCCCAGCCACGGUAGAGUUGGGGGAGGCGAGGGCAAGCUCGGAAGAGCCGCGCCGGGAAAAGAGACGUGGGAGCCGCGGGAGGAGAGACAGGCGGCGCUCGAUGACGAAGCACACGUUUCCAUUCAGCUCGGUAGGAUGGGCGAAGCCAGUGCGUGGCCUGCUGGACAAUGA